UGUUGCGCAGCGUGGAAAUUUGACGUGUGUGGAGCACACACAUUGCACACAUGCACACGCACAUUACACUACAGUAGAAAGCCAACGUGAGCGUGCUGUUUGUUGUGUCAUUGCGUGUGACAGACUUUCACAGCGGAAAAGUGCCUUCGGUAAAGCCCUCCAGCCCCCCGGCCGGCUGCGGCUCCCGGCUGACACACGGACUUCAUUCACACUGCCAGGUCCGGACUCCUGGAACUUCAAAAAAGGGGGACAAAAGAAAGAAACAACGAAGUACAGUCAUUUUUGGAUCGUAAGCGAUGCUCUGGCAGCAUGGCCAAGUGGUUCAAGGAGCACCUCGGAUUCAAAACUACCAAAGCACCACCUCCGGCGCCCCCGAAGCCGGACUACCGACACUGCCUCACCGGUGUGCCCGGCGCGCCUGGCUUCCAAACGGGGGCCACUUUCACGCUGAGCCCUGCUCAGCCGGACAUUCUUGCCGCGUACAAACUCCAAAAGGAGCUGGACUUCGAGGACCCGUACACUCCCGACGGAAAUAUCGCGUUCGCAGUGGGAUCGCCGGACAUCAAAUACGUGUCACCGAAGCACCGACUCAUCAAGGUGGAGACGGUGGAGAAGACCAACCCGGCGCCCGGUACUGGUGGUGGAGGAGGCGGUGCUGUGGUGGUCGCUCAAGCCGUCGCUGUGAGCGGCGUGAAAUCUCCCACGUCACCCCCCACGGAGCAGGACAGCAAGGAGAAGCUCAUUAUCCUGGAGGACUACGCUGAUCCUUUUGAUGCCGAGCAGGUCGGCGGCACACAGGCCAGCACGGAGAAAGUGACCACCGAGAACGACGGAUAUAUGGAGCCCUACGAGGCCCAGAAGAUGAUGGCAGAAAUCCGAUCCGGCGGUCGCGGGUCUAAGGACGGAGGCAACAAGCAGCUUCCCUUGUACGACACCCCGUACGAGCCCACGGAGAACGGUGGAGACUCAGACCCCGAACGCUCGCGCUGCCCUCGAGAGAGUCGACUGCCUCAGGACGAUGAGCGGCCGCCCGAAGAAUAUGACCAACCCUGGGAGUGGAAGAAGGAGAGAAUUUCCAAAGCCUUUGCAGCUCUGCUUUGUUAUGACUGCAUUAGCUACGAGGGCUCUGUAAGUGGCACUGGAUCAGUUCCCCACAGAAGAAAGGACUGCACUGCUAAAUCCCCCACAGUAGAGAUUAAAGUGAUCAAGGACCUUCCGUGGCCCCCUCCGGUGGGGCAGCUCAACAGCAGCUCUCCCCUGGUGGAGGAGCUGGAGUCGCCCUCGCAGACGGCUCAACCCCCGCCCGGACAAGGCGCCGGUGAGCAGCACCACCAGGUUCAGUUUGAUGGAGUGGAGAAGUCUCGAAUGUCGCCCACCAUGGACGGGAAAACCCGGCCGCUGCAGCGGCACUCCAGCGGCUGCUUGGUUAACACCAAAAUGUCGUCGGCCGAGCAACCCGGCUCCUCCGUGGGGGAACGCAUCGAUCCCAGCAUGGCCUUGGAAAGCCAAUUCUGGUACCACGGCGCCAUCAGUCGGACGGAUGCAGAAUGUUUGCUGCGAUUGUGCAAGGAGGCGAGCUACCUGGUGCGGAACAGUGAAACAAGCAAGAACGACUACUCCCUCUCACUUAAGAGCAGCCAGGGUUUUAUGCAUAUGAAGCUGUCCAGGACCAAAGAGAACAAGUAUGUCCUGGGCCAGAACAGUUGCCCCUUCGACAGUGUGCCCGACAUCAUCCACUUCUACUCCAGCCGCAAGCUGCCCAUCAAGGGGGCCGAACACAUGUCCCUGCUGUACCCCGUGGCCAUCAGGACUCUAUAGUACCCCACCCAAACCAAAACCCCCAUAACAGAAAGGGAAAUCCCAAAACUGCUGAUACUGACUCACCUCACUGGUUGACAGAUUCCCACAGAUCUGUCUUUUAUGCAGGAGUUAUUUUUGUUUAUUUAUGACCGACACACGCUUACUUCCUUUUUUGGGCGUUCCCACGGAGAGGAUACACUUUAUUUGUCGCGGCUGUUCAUCUGGAAAACUUGGGUUUUCUGAAAGGUUAAUACUAAGGAUGGGCAAUUGGGUUGUCUUAGGGUGUAUUCAGACCAGAAGUCUUUUAGUCCGCUUGUUUGGUCCAGACCAAAAGCGGACUUUCAUUUAGUGCGUUUCCUAUUCAGACUAUACAUUUUGCAAGCGAAGUACAUUUUGUAAAAACACCCACGUUUGUGAUGAUCUGCAGUCCAGCUUUACAAUCUGACCCUGGUCCUUUUAAAGUGGACCAAACAGUCAGUUCCGAAUACAUCCUUAGAGCAUUAUAACGCAACCGGAAAAGGUCGCCAAGGUUUAGGUCUGUAUGAUCUGUGACAAUUAAGAAACAAGAUGGCCGUUUCUGUUCCAGGCUGUUGUCACGCAAGAGAUAACUCUUCAUUGUCGCACCCGAUAGGCUUUAGCUGACUUGUCACAUUGACUUUCUUCUGGCAGUAAACCAACUGAGACAAAAUCAACUCCAUUUUCCUCAAUUACAUUCGGGAUUGGCUUCCAAACUAGGAAACAAAGCCACGACGUAGCCUGAUAACUAAGUUGAUCAAAUGGAACCAGUAUCAGAGUUUCGAAGUUAGCACGCCUUAGCCGACAUGUUUAGACAGUAGUUGAUGCCGAUGCUGGUUCCAUCAAAGUGCUGCACUUUAUUUUGUCUCCAUCGUGGAAGACAUCAUGAUCCACUAAUUGUUAACAAGCCCAUCCCUAGUUGAUACUCUAUGCACGUAGAUGUAUUGCAAAGGGGGGGGACGUGAAGAAGUCUGAGGCUUUUACGUUGAUCUCUCUUUCACGUCAUCAUCCAUACUCUCCACCAUCCGUCAGCGAGGGGGGGGGGCAUGUUACACCAAUGACAGCGUAAGUGGCAAGACAUUCUGGAGAGAGAGAGCAUGAUGGACGAGUCAACCCGUCCAACAAGUCAGAGUUGAGGAACUAAAGCCCCCCUUUUAACCCUGGAGCUGUCCCGCCUAAAGCCCCUCCCCCCCGCCACAACGCCUGCAUUGUCUACCUCAGAAAAUCAAUGCCAUUCAGCCGUCUGUCUGAAGAUCAAUAGGUACAGUGGGACGGCCCGCAUCGAUCCACUCUCUGCUUUCCUUAAAAUCGUAUCAUUCGUUUUGAAUUUGAAAAAGAAAAAAGAAGCUGAAAAAAAGGACAAUUCAAGCCCGGCUUUGGUGUGUUUUUGUCACUAUUAUGAUGCUGUGUGAUGUCAAACGUUUGGUUGAAGCCUUAUAAUGCAUGGAGAUCAGCUGACUGCAAUCCUGCUUUUGAACGAUUGUUCCCUGACUGUAAUUUAUUGAUGGGCUAAUUAGCGCCCCCAUUUUUUGUUGUGAUCGUGUUCUCCGGGGUGACUCCUGUGGUGCUCUACGUUUUGCUCUUCUUGUGUGCUCGUCACGCCUCGGCCCAAUUCUUCCUGACCAACCGCAGCGCAGUUUAUUGGAACCCCGAUGAACAUUCAAACUGGAACUUUAUGCAUUCAACGAGUCCAUUGUAAAUUCUCAAGAACACUGACAAGUCCUGUGUUGAAGUCACUUCUUGGAUUUUGCUCACCAAGCACAAUUUUUUUUUUAACGAAGGAAGAGAACCGAAAUGUGUUCUAUCUCCAUUUUCUUAAAUUAUUUCCCUAUAGUAGAUCCUUAGAACUCAAAUGCAAAAUAAAAAUUUGACCCUUAUUUUAAUGUCGCCAAUUCGAGUGUUAACAUUGCUACAGCUCCAAAAACAAUACGAGCUCUUAUUUAUUAUUGUCAGCGAAACACCAACCUUUGAUGGAGUUGCUUGGUGAGCAAAUCUGUAAGAAAUGAAAAAUUCAAGGGAAUGGACUGCCGCUAAGUGUGUGCUAUGCAACUGGAGGACUCCCAACUGGUGUUUCAAUGGUACCAACCGUCCCACGGAGGCGAUGAAAACGACUCACCUGUUUAAAAAGUCGAACUGAGGGUCGUCACGGUGAGGUCAACAUCACUGCAGCUUUACUACGACUUAAGUGGACCUAUGAGAGAAAAGAUUUAGAGAAGAUGAAUGUCUACGAAGGUUCUUAAUGACCGCUGCAAACGGGUGUUAUAGACGGGGGAGGCCUUACUUAGCUUUGGAGGAAAUAGACCGCAAUCCACGGAGGACACUCGAAACAUUUCUCUAUGGAAAGCAUCCCUUCUGUCUAAAGUGUCUUAACUUGUGAGCGUGUAUGUGCGGCGUCCCCCUAUGGCCAAAUGUAUAUACUGAAUGUAUCAUAAGCACAGGGGACGCGGAGGCAUCUAAAUAAAUAAAAGAAGAAAUCGGGUUUAUUAUAACUAAA